AGCCUUAGCCUGGUUCACACUUACGCGACGUCCUUUAGUUUUUUGCAGCGACGUCUUCCGGAAUAAAAUCGUCAUUUUUUAUUGUUCCAAGCAACUCCAUAUCGCUGUAGAAGUUUACAUUCAUUUUGUCCUUUACUUUAAACCAAGUAGUCACUAGCUCGUCGUACCGCAAAAUCCGCUCGCGAAAUAAAUACUUCUAGCUUCUCGCAUGAAAACAUGUCACGCAAGCGGCCUCCACCACACGGAUUACCCCUUUUCGUAGGGUAAAAAACUGCCAUCUACGAGCGUCCUGCGAUAUCACCGCCGGGGCAAAGGGAGAAAGAGGCGGUGGACCUCCGAUGAAUAUCAGUAGAUGGCGGAGGACAUCAGUAAUACUCAUGUAGCACUGCCACCGGUUCGCCGUUGAGUCCAAACGAGAAAUAUCAAAUCGCGCAGAACUACGAAACAGCCGCCUCUACCUCCAGGGUGUUCCUCGGAGUAUUAGACUCCCAGACAGUAAAUAUAACUGUAUCGACGAGAAGUGGAAGUCCAGGAGUCGUCGGAAAAUGAACUCGCGUUUGGCAGAGUUCCGGAAGAAGCUCGGGGAGCUGAAUACGAAGUCGUCCUCGAAAAUCCGGGAGCUCACUGAUGUUGCAAUCCGGUACCAGAAUGAGGCGCUGGACAUGUCUCUGCAGUGGGACGCAGAGGUCAAGGCCGCGGGCAUUGUGCGCUACCAACCCUUGUUUUCGCUGGUGGAUAGUAUCUUGAAGAAAGCCUCCGCCGCCUACAAGGCGCCCCUCGGGCAAAUCUUGCUCGAAAGGUACCACUUUGCGAGUCGGAAGAUGUGGUCCUUCGGAUUAUUUCGACACCACUCUUGCACUAGAAAUGCUUGCGGUUCAUCUCGCAGCCUUGAUUCUUGCACCGACGAAUUUUUUGUCUCCAACAAAAUUUUUUGCAUGGCUGCCGUGUUAGUUGCUGAAGAGAUGUUGUUCUAGAUUUACAAUCCAUUUCAGCCACCUUGUGUGCAGCACGGAUCCAGCGUAUGAUCGAUUGUUGAUCAAUCUUUCUAUCUACAGGUAUCCGGAGUGCGUGCGCAAGCUGAAGCUCGAGAAGGACGAGAAGAACCUGGAGUUUUUCCACAAGAUGCUGACCGUGAGCUGGAUCAAGCAUUCGCUGCUGGCGGCGGACAUUUUGAGCGACAUCGAGAAGCGGGUGGAGGAGAUCAAGAACGGGGUUGUGCCACUGCAGCCCGCGCCCCCGGCCUCCAGCCGCGCCGGCGCCACGGUGCCCGCGGUGCAGGCGGGGCGGACCACCGUGGCCGCGGGGGGCCAGUACGACGAGGCCAAGCGCAAGCGGAUCAUCCAGAUUAUGCACAACCUGGUGACGGGGCAGAUCGCGCCGGGCGACCGGGAGGAGAUCAUCACCAUCCCCGAGAUUUGCGAGGCCAUCCGCCUGCAGAAGGAGGGAAAGAAGUUCGAGGCGCAGAAGCAGCUGGCGCGGUUCAAGCAAGUUCUAGAGCCGGACGGGGAUGACAGCGCCGGGUUCGGCGUCGUUGCGCCCCCGCAACAGCCGGGAGUCAGGGUAAGGAAGGAUCUUUAAUAUCAGAACUGUGUGGUGGUCGCCGUAUGAUAUUUAGUACCCUGUGUCCUUUACUUUGCGCGUUUCAACUUGAUUGUCGUGCAAAUGGCAUAAAAAAGUAGAACAGUCGCGUAAAUAACGUUGCAGUUAUACAUCUUCGUCCUGCAUCGAGUUCGAGAUGAAUCCUCACACAACGCACGAAAGAACUGAAAUUCUAGGGCGCGGCGCAGCAGCCCGGCGGCAAGGCAGCAGACGCGUUUGGCGCGAAGCGGCCCGCUGGUCCGCAACAGGACACAGCCGCGAAUGCGGCGAAGCGGGCGAAGCUGGACAACCGCGUCUUCAACAUGGACUGGUGCGCACGGUUUCUCGAGAAGCUGCCGGGCCACAAGAAAACCUGGCACGCACAGGGGGUGGGGCGGCAGAUCCUGGGCUCCACGCAGGACCAGUAUCUUGGAGUGGAUGAACUCCACCCCAACGAAGUGCAAUUAAUUCUCCAGUUUAUCUUUCAGGUAUAAAGAGUACUAUAAAGUAGUAGUAGCACCCCGUUGCGACUGCGAGGAGUGCGUCUGCUUCAUCUAGUGUUGUGAUGUUUAUUUUUCAUGCUGAUACUAUUUCAGAGGACAACUUCUAGCUACUAGUAGCCAACACUUCUUCUCGUCCCACUACUCCAAAGUCACGGCAACAGAAGCAAGUCAGCGUUUACCUGCCAGGAAUACGUGGAGGUCCGUGCGGACUCCUGAGAAUGCAACCUGAAAAUCUUCACGAACCUUAUUGAACAGGUGGAGGAACACAUCCGUGCAAGCGAGGAAGCGGCCUUGGAGAGCUCCGCCAUCCCGCUCCACUUCAACACGGUGCGGCACGUGAAGGCGGAGCGGUUGCUGGAAAAGUACUACGAGGAUUUCCCGUUUCAGUGCAUGACGUCCGGUCGCCGGUUCCAGACCCGGGCGACGCUGGCGCUUUUUCUGGACCAGCACUACAAGAACAAUCUGAAACGACGGAAAAUGAUGCAGCGAGAUCCGACAAAGAUCACCGAGGAAAAGACCUACCGAGGUAUAGGGGAUGAAGCGGUUUUGAUUAAGAUUUCUCGACGUGAGAAGAAGUGUCUGAUAUGUAGAUGCAUCAAAUGUUGUAAAUGUAAAAAAACGUCGACCUGCACCUGGUUACGCUACAUGUACAGUCCUUUUCAUGUUGGCGAAAUUCGGAGGCAAGCGCAAGAACUGAAUGCGAUGUAGAUGUACUAAAUGACUUUAAUACAACUCCGCAGGCUGGGAGAAUACAGUGCAGGACAUUAUGGGUGUGCGAGACCUGAAACUAGGCUCGCUGUGGCAGCAGGACAAAAAGGUAGAGGAGCACCGGGAAGAGCAGGAGGCCGAGGAAGAGCAAAGCAACGCGGACGACACCGCUAUGGAAAAUAUUGCGCCCUACUCGGAAGGCCAACCCUGUUGCCCGGUCUGCGGCGAGCUCUUCAGCAAGGUUCGACGCUUGUAGACGAUUUUUUUGCAUUAUACACAGAUACUGCUUGUUUUUAUGCGAGAAAUGGACUUUUUAUUACGUGUGUCUGUUUGUACGGGGGGGGACAAGUUUAUUUUCAUUUGGAUAGUUGUAGUUCUUGCGACCAUUUGUCUAUCACUAUCACAAUGGAACAAACUUUUCAACUACCAGGUGUUCUUCAACGGUGACUGGUGGGUAACCGGGGUAACAGUAAUGGACGUGAUAAACAUGGCCCCCCUUCGGUACGAUACCUCCUCCAGUGGCCGCCGGCUUCACGAGAACGCGCUGAUUUACCACAAAGGGUGCCUGCCGGAUUCCAUUCAGAUGUGAUGACGGGCGAAGGCCGGAUGCGAGGACAUGGGGGGAAAGAGGGAGCAGCAGACCAAAGUGUCAGCAAUUUCUGCUCCACUUUACUUCCCAGAAAUGUCAGGCCGGCCGCACUUGUGUUGAGUGGAACAGGAGUAACAAGAAGAUCCCAGCGACAAAAGUCACACUUGUGAAUCAACAAAGUAACGACGACGACAAUAAGGUAAAGCGACUAGUAAAAGUGAGUACAAUAAUCACAAAAGCGGACGACGAUGUCCUUUAUCGGGAGGAAUCUACCCACGACGUCGGAUAGAAGUUGUGAAUCUGCUGUUCACAACAAGACUUGGACGAAAUUACAAUCUACGGAUGUGCAUUCUUGACCGAUGGUUCUGGAAGAU